AUGUCGCCCACUUCGAUUACCCACGAGGUCGCUGCAGAUGCCGGAGCCGGCAAGAAGCACUCGUGGUUCCGGUCCGUGGCUUUUCAGAUCAUCAUUGCGAGCGGAGUCUCUUUUACCGCUCCCGGAAUGUGGGAUGCCCUCGGCGGUCUGGGUGCCGGCGGUGCUGCCGAGCCGUACGCCGUCUCGGCCGCCAAUGCUCUUGUCUACGGUCUCUUCUCCAUUGUCUGCGUGGCCGCCGGUGCCAUCAACAACCGCAUCGGCCUGCGAUACGGACUGGCCCUCGGUGCCAUUGGCUACCCGCUCUACGGCGCCGGUCUGUACACCAACAACGUCAAUGCUGUAACGUGGUUCAUGCUCUUUGGUUCCGCUCUCUGCGGUAUCUCGGCCGGAUUCUUCUGGGCUGCCGAGGCUGCCAUUAUUAUCGGAUACCCCAGUCCCAAGGAUCGCGCAUUUUACCUCGCCAUCUGGCAGACCGCCAAAGCCCUUGGACCCAUCGUCGGUGGCGCCAUCAACCUCGGACUCAACGCCAACCGCGACACGGCCGGCUCCGUCAGCUCGGCCACCUACAUUGUCUUUAUUGUCAUCAUGUGUCUGGGUCUGCCGAUUGCGCUGUGUCUUAGCCCCGCCGAAAAGGUCUGGCGCCGUGACGGAACAAAGGUCGUGGUGCACAAGGAGGCGACUUGGGGCGCCGAGUUCAAGGCCGUUCUCCGCCUGUUGGCCUCUCGCCGUAUCUUGCUGCUGCUCCCGGCCUUUUUCAUCAGCUACUUCUACAACGGUUUCUUGAGCACGUGGCUCACCACAUACUUUACCGUGCGAUCGCGAGCCUUUUCGUCCUUUUUUACCAACUUUGCAGGCAUCUUCAGUUCCUUCAUCAUUGCCGGCCUGCUGGACCGCCAGAAUAUCUUUAUCAAGACUCGGGCCAAGAUUGCCUUCUCCGCCAUUGUCCUCAUCCUCAUCGGCACCUGGAUCUGGGCCAUUAUUCUCCAGAAACAAUUCUAUGAUGCCCCCGAGGCUCCCGUCUUUGAUUGGUUCCAGGGCGGCUUUGGCAAGACGUACGCCCUCGUCUUCUUUUGGACCUUUGCCGGACAGGCCUUUCAACAGUUCCUGUACUGGCUUGUCGGUCAGUAUGCCGAGAGUUUGUCGUCUCUGUCUCACCACACUGGUAUUUUGCGUGGUUUCGAGGCCUUGGGUCAAACUGUUGCUUGGGCUAUGCAAUCCGAGGGCAAUGCCAACCACUUUGUCAGCAUUGGUCUCAACUUUGGCAUUCUGCUCAUCAGCAUCUUCCCGACCUGGAUCGUGCUGUCGGAGCUCGACCACACCCACGAGAUCCGCGUCACCGAGGAGGACGUGGCCGCUGCCGAAUCGAAUGACGAGGAGCUCGCUACUACUGAUCACAGUAGCAAAUAA